CGCCGCCGCGGCACCGCGCCAAGCCGAAUAUGACCGACUCAUCGGCUCCGCCUGCGGACGCAGCCAGGGCGCCCAUCUGCGCAGCCUGUGCCGCGCCGCCGCCUCUCGCAGAAGGACAUGCCUCCCACCGCCGCGCAGCGUCCAUGACAUGGUGAUCCUGCUCGAUGACGACCAUGAUCUGGGGUCCAAGCUCGCCGAGGAGGGCCUGAGGCGCUCCCGCAGCCCGUCGCCCAACCCGCCUCCCGCCUACGCGCCCCGCGGCGCCGACCCGCGCUACGAGGAGACCGCACCGCUCCUGGGUUAUGCUCCUCGCCCGGGCAAGGGCGGUAUUUAUCGCGGACAGUCUGCGGCGAGGCGGCUGUGUCGCGCGUAUGUGUGGGUGGUCCUCCUGUUUUGCUUGCUGUGGGUUCUGUACCAGAGCUUAUCGGCGACGGGGCCGCAACAUGCAGAUGAGGAAGUCCUCGCGCGUCCCACUCCUGCCGAUGGCGAGGAGCUACGGUGCAUCCAAGGCGCCGACUACUUCUGGGACGACCACUUCAGCUCUGGGGACGCACCAGAGUUGCCCUCGGCGCUGAGUUCCUUCACCAUCCCCAUCUCGAACCUAUCGAAUUCGCUGCGCAUAUACUCGCGCGGAUCGUCGGCAAGCGGCAGCAUCGAAAUCUUGCCUUCAUUCCACCAUGAUAACGCGGCCAUCGUUCUGGUGGCUGCCCCCCAUCGGUCCAAGGACGUGCUCAUGCAGUCAUCAAUAUGUCUUCUUCGCUCCGAAGUGGGACAAGUCGACCUUGGGAUAUUCACCCCUGACCGAUGGUCGCAAGCGAUGUCAAAGGAGCAUAUACCGCAACAUCACAUCACAGUCCUACUCCCCAUCAUAGCCGAUGGAUACAUACCCUUUCCUCUGGACAAGUUCGCCACCAACCUACCCGGAUUUUCGCACCGCGUUGGCGACCUGGGGCGAAGCGUCGAUAUAUCCUCGGUCUCCCUCAAAUCGUCCGACGCGCCGAUCCUGAUCGAGUCACUCUAUGCGCGCAACAUCUCUCUCGCCACGUCCCACGCCAACAUCACCGGCCGCAUCAACGUCGCAGACAACGUCGAACUCUACUCCCCUCACGGAGACACAGACGUCGAGGUCGACAUCAAAUACGCCCCCUUCGACAUUCCUUCGGAGCACUUAAUCUACGGGAACGGAGGAAACUUCGAAGCCCGAGUCAAAGUCGUCGAUAUCCACGAGCCGCGGACCGAGUUUAUCAACGACUACGCCGUGAUCGCGUACAUGACCAGCGGCCCGCUCGAGGUCAUCUGCGAAGAUUGCGACUCGUUCAAGGUCCAGCUCGAGACUCGACCACCCGGCAACUCCCCCGACGUGCUCCCGAUGCCCCUUCCCCUGCCCCGAAGCUCGGAUGAAAACUCCCUACAUUCGUGACCUUUCGUAUUCGAACGCGAUUCUGGC